AUGAGUCAAGAGGGUCAAACGCGGGCCGUUUUGAUUCAGGAUACACCAAGAUGGCUCCUAGAAUUCCAAAAAUUAGAGAAAGAAGAUCUAAUUGUCCUUAUCACUCCUGUGGCUAAUCCUGUUAGCCAAGACUACACUGAUAUUAGUGAUCCAUUUGAGCCUCUUGGUCGCUCUAUAUCAAGCAGACACGCUAAAAUUGCCCAUGUUCCAUAUAUCCAAAGAAAGGGCUUGACUUCAACUCAUGUGGGCUUCAUAGAAAAAUGCAAGCUCAUAAUAUUUUGUCUUCUUCCGCAACCUGAUAGAAGCUUACAGCUGCAACUCACUGAUCAAUUGUUCGAACUUGGAGACAAUAAGCCGAUUAUUGUUGUACAGAUCUGCGACCACUUGGAGCUAAAUUCAGAAUUACCAUUGCCAACCGUAAUCAAAGCUCAUGGGUAUUUGCCUCCAGCUCUUGAAGCAGUAGCAAGUUUGAUCUUCGCAAAAAAUGGUGAAGUUUUAAAUGAUUCGGAACCCGUAGCUUCCAAUCUAGCCGGAACAAAUCUUAAGUCAUGGACAGUUGAACAAAUGAGCGAAGCACGAGAUAUGUCCGGCAUAAUGACCUUGUGGGAAGAAUGCACUGACGGAAACUUUCCAAUUAACCUCGAGACUCUUUCGGCACUGCUCCGUCGUCCUGGAUAUUCAAAGCAUUAUGUCGUUCGGAAUUCUCCAGGUGGCGAAGUACUGGGGUUUUGUGCGACUUACCUCUCGUUUAUUGAUCAGAACCCAAAAAAGGUGCUUGCCUCGUUAGCCGCUAUUCUUGUAAGACCUUCCUAUCAAGGCCAAGGUAUAGGACUUAGUCUUCAUAAAUAUAUUAUCGAACAAUUUAGGAGGAACCCCGAUGUGACUCGGCUUCAAUUUGGUAGCAAUUUUCCGCGAAUUUUUCGAGGUCUUCCGUGCACCAUGGAGAAAAAUGAAAAAUGGUUUCAGAAUCGAGGAUGGAAGCUCGUUACCAAGCAAUCAGGAAAGAGUCAAAAUAUCUUCGAUCUAGUCCUGAAAUUUGAAAAUUGGUCGAUCCAAAAUCGUUGUCAAACGGAAGAUUCACUUCUGUUUCGGAGAUGUACACACAAUGAUAUGCAAAAGGUACUAGAACUUGUUAGAAAAUCUGCCUACACACACACGCAAAUAGGCUGGUAUGACCAGUAUCUUAGCCUCGAAAAUGGAUCUGAUGUAGGUGAUAUAAUUUUGGCUACAGAGGGAAACAAUAUCAUUGCUACAGCAAUUACAUACACUGCUAAAAGUGGUACACAAGUGGCAUUGAAUCUUCCAUGGGCUGCUGUCAUUGGCGAUCAUGUUGCUGGUAUGACAUGCGUGUGCUUAGCUGUUGAUAAUGCCAGCAAAAUGAAGAUCGAGAUUUGGAAGGGUUUUCUUCAAUUCUGUGUGUCUGAGUUCCAACGUCUGGGUCUGAAGGAAUUAUUUCUCGAUGCAGUUGUGGACGAUGUCGAUGAUCUAUUACAGCAGGGUCUCUGUGAGUGGGCUCGUUUUAGAGAUAUGUGGAUGGAUGUAAGAGCUAAUCUUUCUAUCGAAAUGAACUAA